AUGAACUCUUUUCACUGGGCACGGGGCUCAGGACAGCCCUGGGGUACUCCUGGGUCACUGUGGAGCUGGGCAGUGGAGAGGCUGCACUUCAACUGGACAGCAAGGUUUACUUCUGAUAAUGAAGAGACGCUCAUUCUCACUCAGUCUGAUGAGCUGAGCCGUGUUUACAGUGAGGACACCAGGCUGCCUUUGAGCAAUACACCUUUUACCUCAACCUACAGCCACUCCAAAAGGACCACGCAAGAUGACUGCUUCCAAGAACACGCUGAAGUACAAGACCCAAAGGACCACACUGUGGAACGGACGUGUGCUCAAGAUGGAGGGAAGCAAGAAGAAGCUGGAUCCAAACAAGUCAGAUGUAAAAUGAACCAAGUAACAGUGAAAACAACUUUGAAUCUAACUCCAACCAUAACGGCAUGGGAGGCAGGCUGGAACGUGACCAACGCCAUCCAGGGUAUCUUUGUACUGGACCUCCCCUUCGCCCUGGUGCAUUCUGGGUACAUGGGGUUGCUGUUGCUGGUGCUGUCAGCCUGGGUGUGUAACUACACCGGAAGGAUCCUAGUAUCAUGCCUGUAUGAAGAGGGACACUGUGGAGGUCCAAGGGUGAGAGUGCGCCACAGUUACCAGGACAUUGCAGAGACGUGCUGCAGAGGCUUGUGUCCUCGCUGCCCUUCACUGGGAGGAGCACUGGUCAAUGUGGCUCAGCUGAUUGAGUUGCUGAUGACCUGCACACUGUACCUGGUCGUCUCUACCUCGCUGCUCAGUGACAGUCUGUCUGGGUUGGCUGUACCCAGGCUGGGCUGCUCUCUGCUGGGGCUGUUGUUCCUGAUGCCCUGCCUCCUGCUCACAGAUCUCCGGCCAGUGUCCACUCUCAGCCUGCUCUGCACCGUGGCUCAUAUACUCAUCAGCCUGCUGGUGAUGCUGUACUGUCUAAGCUGUGCCCGCUCCUGGCACUGGUCCUCUCUGUCCCUGUCUGUGGACCCUGAGGACUUUCUUGUGUCUGUGGGCGUCAUCAUUUUCUCCUACACAUCGCAGAUCUUCCUCCCGUCACUGGAGGGCAGUAUGGAGGACAGGGGUCAGUUUGAUGCCAUGCUGGGCUGGACUCACGGGGCUGCAUGUGUGAUGAAGACUCUGUUUGCUCUUCUGUGCGUUUUGACCUGGGGCCGUGACACCCGUGAGGUCAUCACAGACAACCUGACCCCUGUCCUCCGCCCACUGGUCAACACGUGUCUGCUGGCCAAGGCUCUGCUCUCCUUCCCGCUGCCCUUCUACUCUGCAGCCGAGAUACUGCAGUCGUGGAUACUCACAGGUACACCUACCCCCGACCAUCCCAAACCAGGCUGUGCGCUCCCCCCUCUCCCCGUACUCCUCCUCCGUGCCGCCCUCCUCUUCUCCUCCCUUCUCCUGGCUCUGCUCCUGCCCAUAUUCUCCCUCCUCAUGGGGCUUACGGGCAGCGUGACCGGGGCCGCCAUGACCCUGGUCCUCCCCUGCGUCUUCCACCUCCGGCUGCAGUGGCACGGCCUGACCGCACGGGGCAGGCUGACCGACGGGUGCGUGCUGGGGCUGGGGGUGCUGUGUAGUGCCUCCGGAGUGUUCUGUGCAGUGAAGAGACUGCUGCAGGCUGGACUGUGA